GCCUACCAGCAGGCUGAUAGCAAUUUCCAAAAGCUCAGCGCUGAAGCUUUGAAGUGCUGCUACAAGUUCGUGGCAAGAGAUCGGUCGGUCUGUGAAGGGCUGGCUGCCAAAGUUGGUUGGCCCAAGGAACUUUUGGAGUCUGCGUUUUCCUUAUUCGAUCAGCUCAAGGAGGCAGAUGUCAGCCAUCUGCCUGGAUGGAAUUACUCAGUAGAGAAGGAGCAGAAAUUCAUCUCUGUGUCCAUUGUGCUGCCGGAAGGCGUUGAGCCAACUGCUGUCAACAUCGAUCUUGCGCCUGAGAAAGUGUGUGUGGUUACCUGUGGCUAUCCUGACCUCGUCAUCGAUCUGCCUGUGCCCGUCCAGGCUGCAGAGGCGGAGCCUGCCAAGUACAAGAGGAGUGGGAGAAAAUUUGUCCUCCGGUUGCCAACAUGA